UUACCAGAAAGCGAACGUCGACGUUUCUUAUUCGAUUGUCCUAAGAAUUCAUUACGGGAGUAUGACCCACCAAAACUUAAUAAGGUCAAUCUUCAAUCACCUUAUAAGCACAUUGACAGUACCUAUUACAACUUACAGUAUCGCAUUUCCGGCCUCACCCGUCCUUUGGAUUGGUUUACGUAUCAAAUGUUAUAUGGUAACUGGGAUCAUGCUGAUCUUAGACAACAAGCACAGGAUUUUACCUUUGCUAUGCAUGAACUUUUGUCAGAUUUGGCUUCGCACAUCACCACUCUGCGUACAGAAAAUAUGUUUAAAGGUCUUCCCAAUAAUAUCGAACCCCCAGCACCAUCUUCAGAUAAAUUUCUUGUUGAUACUCAAGCUAUGUUGGAACAUAUUAAAUUGCAAAAAUCUGUUCAAAAUGCCACUCAAAAACAACGCAGAAACAAUGGGCCCCGACCCAAA